AUGGCCAAAGUCGACCAGAAAGCCGUCCUCAUCGUCAUUGACGGAUGGGGCGUUGCAACGGAGAAGUCGCGCAAAGAUGGCGAUGCUAUCCUAGCGGCUGACACGCCCACCAUGGACGAGUUCGCAAGACCGGGCUCCAAGACAGCACAGGGCUAUACCGAGUUGGAAGCCUCGUCUCUCGCUGUCGGCCUCCCCGAGGGCUUAAUGGGCAACAGUGAAGUCGGCCACCUGAACAUUGGCGCUGGCCGGGUCGUCUGGCAGGACUCGGUCCGCAUCGCCCAGACGAUCAAGAAUGGCAAGCUAAAGGAUGUGGCUACCAUCAAGAAGUCUUUCCAGCGCGCCAUUGACGGAAAUGGCAGACUCCAUUUCUGUGGCCUGGUGUCGGAUGGCGGUGUGCACUCCCACAUGGACCAUUUGAUUGAGCUGCUGAAGGUAGCAAAGGCCCAGGGUGUGCCCAAGGCGUACAUUCACUUCUUCGGCGACGGCCGCGACACCGACCCCAAGUCCGCUGUUGGAUACAUGGACACUCUGCUCAAAGCCACAAAGGACAUUGGUCUUGGUGAUAUUGCUACCGUCGUCGGUCGUUACUACAUCAUGGACCGCGACAAGAGGUGGGACAGAGUCGAGAUUGGCUUGAAGGGUAUGGUGACGGGAGAGGGAGAAGAGAGCAGUGAUCCGGUGGCUACGAUCAAAGAGCGAUACUCCAAGGAUGAGAAUGACGAGUUCUUGAAGCCCAUAAUCGUGGGAGGACAAGAGCGCAGAAUUCAAGACAAUGACACCGUCUUCUUCUUCAACUACCGCUCCGACCGUGUUCGCGAGGUCACUCAGCUGCUGGGAGACGUCGACCGCUCGCCCAAGCCCGACUUCCCUUACCCCAAGAACAUCGAUAUCACCACCAUGACAUCGUAUAAUCCCAAGUACACGUUCAAUAUUGCUUUUGAACCCCAGAGAAUGAACGAUGUGCUUGCGGAAACAUUGGGUAAACAGGGUGUAAAACAGUGCCACGUUGCUGAGACGGAGAAGUACGCCCACGUCACCUUCUUCUUCAACGGAGGCGUAGAGAAGCAAUUCGAGAAUGAAGAGCGUGAGAUGGUGCCCUCUCCCAAAGUGGCCACAUACGAUCUACAGCCUGCGAUGAGUGCCAUGGCCGUUGCGGACAAGCUCUGUGAAAGGAUCCAGACUGGCAAGUUUGAGUUCCUGAUGAACAACUUUGCCCCACCAGACAUGGUGGGUCACACUGGUGUCUACAAGGCUGCUAUUGAGGCCUGUACGGAGACCGACAGAGCUAUCAAGAAGGUGUACGAUCAAUGCAAGGAGAGUGGAUACGUGCUCUUUGUGACUGCCGACCACGGAAACGCUGAAGAAAUGCUCACCGAAGAGGGUACACCAAAGACAUCACACACAACUAACAAAGUGCCAUUUGUCAUGGCCAACGCCCCUGAUUCCUGGAGCCUGAAGAAGACUGAUGGAGUGUUGGGUGACGUCGCGCCCACCAUCCUUGCGACCAUGGGUCUCCAACAACCCGAAGCCAUGGACGGACACAGCUUACUCCAGAAAGCAUGA